GCCUCCACCUCCUGUGGGCAGAGCCAUCAGCGGGUGGGCUGCACUGACGGGGAGGGCAUGGCACUGCUGGCGCUACGCGUCUUGGGCUGCAAAGCCAGUUCGGUGCUCGGUGCAGCGGCUACCUGGACGUGCGCGGCAGGCAGAGCAGGCCGGAAAGCAACAGAGUGUGGCGGGGCCUGUAGCUUCAGCAGCUCCGUGGUGGCCAUGGCCCCGAUCAAGGUGGGAGACGCCAUCCCCUCAGUGGAGGUUUUUGAAGGGGAGCCCGGAAAGAAGGUGAACCUGGCAGAGCUGUUCAAGGGCAAGAAAGGCGUGCUGUUUGGAGUCCCUGGGGCGUUUACGCCCGGCUGUUCUAAGACCCACCUGCCUGGGUUUGUGGAGCAGGCUGGAGCUCUGAAGGCCAAGGGAGUACAGGUGGUGGCCUGCCUGAGUGUUAAUGAUGUCUUUGUGACGGAACAGUGGGGUAGAGCCCACCAGGCAGAAGGCAAGGUUCGGCUUCUAGCUGACCCCACUGGAGCCUUCGGGAAGGAGACAGAUUUAUUACUGGACGAUUCCUUGGUGCCUCUCUUUGGGAACCGCCGACUGAAGAGGUUCUCCAUGGUGAUAGACAAUGGCGUCGUGAAGGCUCUGAAUGUGGAGCCGGAUGGCACAGGCCUCACCUGCAGCCUGGCUCCCAACAUCCUCUCACAACUCUGAGGCCCUGACCAGAGAAAGGUUCUAUUCCCUUCCCAUCUCUCCCACCCAGUUCUGGGCUGAAAGGCCCAGCACCUCCUCACUGGGGCCACUUAAAUGGAACCUUGACCAUGUUUCCGCAAUAAACUAUCUCAUUUGUGUCUUUGCC